AUGACACUAAAUCUCAAGGCAAUCACUACUACUAUUACUUCUCAGCCAACUGCUGACGAGAAGCUCAAGCCAUCCAGUGCUGAAUGGAACAUUGAGUUGCUCGAAUCGUGUAAUCCAGUUGCAGAUGGUAUUCUUUAUUGCUGUUGUGCAUGUAUCUGUGAAGGUCUUUUACAUGCCCGUGCAGGUGAACAUUUUUGUUCGUGCGCGCUUCCGGGGUCAUCGCAAUCAUUGCGAACUAAAAUUCGAAUGGUAUAUGGUAUUAAAGGUUCAUUGUUUGAAGAUUGUUGGACAUCAUGUAUUUUUUGUCCUUGUACUUUACUUCAAAUGAAAAAAGAACUUGAUCACCGGAAUGUGUCAGAUUAUUCUGCCAGCACUUAAUAACAACUUUUGAAGCAUCAUAUUAGUUUAAAAAUUGAACAGAAAAUAUCGGCCAAUGUGCACCUAUGCUCAUAUGUUUUUUCUUGACAAAGCAAGAUUCUACGUCUUUUUGAACUUCUAAUAUAUGCCCUAAACUACUUAUAUAUUCGUUGAUAAACAAUUAAUAUAGUUAAGCACUACGUACUUGAAUAAAGCCAAAGAAAUGCAUAACUGUAUUCGACUAGUAGAUUAGCUGAGGGUGAGGGUGUGUAAAAAUUGAGAAGCCACGACCGCGAUUUCGACCUUUCUCAAGAGUCGCAUCAGAUGGCUUUCGUUGCUUCCGGUCUAUUUUCGUAUUUUGGUGUAGUAUCGCGAUAAAAAUUGAUUUUAUUCGAAUUGUUUGAUCGGCAGGCAUCCAGUCAUGUAAAAAGUCGUCAUUGAAGAUGAAGGCUUUAAUCAGAUGAUAUGGGAAAUUGAUUUUGAUGUUUGUUUUUAUUGUAAUGGAGUUUGAGAAAAGUAUGUUUGUAUUACUUUCGGCUAAUUAUCCCGUGAAUGCCCAGGUCGAAACCGUACGGUGGGAAACAUCCGGAUCCGGCGAAUUUUCGGCAAAACCAUGGAAGCAGAAUUGCUGAGUCGGUUCGGGCUACCGGCUCCUGCUUAUUCCCCGUUGAUUCCUGUAACCGGGUGUCAGGUCAGGAUCCUGCUGCCAUUUCCCGCAAGGUUCCUGAGAAAGGUUCCGAAGUAUUUUCAGGGGAGCAAGAUCCGAUACAUAUUCCUUCCGUUUCCGAUUCGGUUGAGGAGCCCAGAUCCGGCCGUUUUCAAUUAAUCACAACCAGUCUAAUCCCACAACAGGAUACGAUGGUAUCCAUCAGAAAACUAGGGUGGGUGUGGGUGUGGGGUGUGGCUAAAGAAUAAAAUUUUCAAUACCCACACCCACCCACACCCACACCCACACACCCACACCCACACCAACACCCACCCACACCCACACACCCACACCCACCCACACCCACCCACACCCACACCCACACCCACGCACACCCACCCACACCCACACCC